ACCAAUUUCGUUUGUAUUUCGACACGCAUAUCAAACCGCUGGCACUGGAGUAAACAAGCAACCAUGGCCCCCAAGAAGAAGGGAACGAAGAAGGAGUCCAAGAAGGAUGCGGUCGCGACGGGCGACAUCGAGGGUGCCUCGGUGGAGGAGCUCAACCAAAAGAUUGGGACACUGGAGAAAGAGAAGAACAAGGAGGAGGAAUACCGCAACUACAUGCAACUAGAGCGAGACAAGAUCAAUGCAUUCUGGGAAAUCACAAAGAAGGACCUGGAGGACCGGCGCGCGGAGCUGCGGAACAAAGACCGUGAAAUGGAGGAGAUGGAGGAGCGGCACCAAGUGGAAAUCAAGGUUUACAAACAAAAAGUAAAGCAUCUGCUUUACGAGCACCAGAACAACAUCACGACGUUGAAGUCGGACGGCGAGCUAGCGCUAAAGCUUCAACAGGACGAGUACCGCAAGCGGGAGGGGGACCUGGGGAAGGACAAGCGCAACCUCAAACUGGAGCUCAAAGAGCAGGAGCUGGCGCACCAGGACAUCAUCCGGCAGUUGAAGCUGGAGCACGCCAAGGAGAUCACCAAGCUGCGGCAGGAGUUCGAGCAGCAGGCCAAGGACCUGCAGAGCAAGUACGAGAAGAAGAUGAAGAUGCUGCGAGACGACAUGGAGCUGCGGAGAAAGCAGGAGAUCCACGAGAUCGAGGAGCGCAAGAACACGCACAUCAACGAACUGAUGAAGAAGCACGAGCGCGCCUUCGCAGAGAUCAAGAACUACUACAAUGACAUCACACACAACAACCUGGACCUGAUCAAGACGCUCAAGGAGGACGUGGCGGAGAUGAAGCGGCGCGAGGCAGCCAACGAAAAGCUCAUGUACGAGAUCGCGCAGGACAACAAGAAGCUGUCUGAGCCGCUGUCGCGCGCGCUCAAGGAGGUGGAGCUGCUGCGGCAGCAGUUGGCCAACUACGACAAGGACAAGCUGUCACUGGCGCAGACGAAGGCACGGCUGCUGAACGCGGAGCGGCAGAUCAAGAACCUGGAGUGGGAGAACGAAGUGCUGUCGCAGCGCUUCAGCAAGGUGCAGACCGAGCGCGACGAGCUCUACGGCAAGUUCGAGGCGUCCAUCUACGACGUGCAGCAGAAGACCGGGCUCAAGAGCGCGCUGCUGGAGAAGAAGGUGGAGGCGCUGGGCGAGGCUCUGGAGAUGAAGGAGGCGCAGCUGGCGGAGGUGCUCACGGCCGCCAACCUGGACCCCGGCACCCUGGCCGCCAUCAACCAGCGGCUGGAGGAGGUGCUGGACAACAAGAACCAGAUCAUCAAGGCGCUGCAGUACGAUGUGGCCAAGGUGUCCAAGGCGCACAACGACCUCAUCCGCGUGUACGAGGCCAAGCUCACAGAGUUCGGCAUCCCGGUGGACGAGCUGGGCUUCCGGCCACUGGUCACCAACACCAGCACCGGGCCCGCGGGGCUGGUGGUGGGCGCGUGAGGCAGGCGGUGUGGGCGGCGGCGGUUUGGGCGGCGGCGCUGUGGGAAUGGGGAUGGGUGCCGGGGAUGCAUGAAUGGACUGGCUUUUGACGGUGCCGACUGACGUUGGGCUGUGGGACGUGGUGAUUGACAAUGACAGAGAUUGAACUGCGCGUGCGUGUGCGUGUGUGUGUGUAGGACAGGGCGGCGGCGAUGUAGUGGCAUGGACGGUGCGGUGGUGGAGGUGUUGCAAGAUUCUGGCGGCGGGCUAGGUCUUCAAUGGGCUGGUCUGUCCCGUGCUGUGCAGUGCACACGCGGCACAGGCGUGGGCCACAGCACUGGGUGUAGGAGGGUAGCUGUGUUGACACGUGUUCGCGACGUGCGUGCACCUGUGCGUGUGUAUGCGUGUGUGAGGAAGUAGUAGUACCGUAGAAGCGGCUGGGGGCAGCGGGCAACCGGGUUGGGACCCGGGCCUCCUGCGCAGGAUGAGGCGGGUCGCAAUGGAUUCCCAGGGCGGGCCUGCUUGAAGCCGUUAAAGGCAGGGGCUAGAUGGGUAGGCUGGUGUCGCAUGCACGUCGUCUGGAAAGGAACUAGCAGGUAGGUAAAGGACACGCCGGUGGCAAGCAGGCUGUGGGGUGUGCCAACACAAGAUGGUUAGAUGGCCGGAAAGAAGGAAUACGCAGUGAGAUCCAUUCUGCCGCUGCGUUUUGAGUUACGCAUAAUUAGCAUUCCUUGUAUGGGUACUUGGAACUGUUGGCAGAGACUGUGUGCUGCACCCUCUCUGUCAAACACCAAAUGGACA